AACGGAGUGAGGGCCCCUAGUGUUUCAGUUUCCGAUAGAGGGACAGGUACAGUGCUUCUCCGUCUUCCCGCUCUACUAAAACACAAAAAUAUUUCGAAGAUAAAAUAUAAAUCAAUCCAACUUGUUUCUGAAAAAAACAAUAAAAAAAACACAUUGAUUUUGGACACAACAUUUCAAUUAAUUGAAGAUGGCAAAUUCGUCAAUGCCUAUUGAGCGUCUUCAAGCCCUUGAUAAUGUUGAAAAAGAAAUCGCGAGUUGCAUUCAGAGUGCUGGACAAGCUCUUACAGAACUGAGUAAAGAUAAAGCAAGCAUGAAACAAGUAGAAAGUCACACUUCACAAUUUUUGAAAACUCUCAAUCAUGUUGAAGGAGAGUUAUCAAAACAUAUUAAUUACUUGACACAGGUCUCAACAGGACAACCUCAUGAAGGCUCAGCUUAUGGCUCAGUGAAAAUGUAUAAAACUGCUCGGCAUAGGUUGGAGCACACUCGCUCAAGACUUCAAGAUCUAGAAAAUCUGAAAAAUAGAGCGUUGGCAUCCACAGUUAGGCCAGCAGUUUUUUUUUCUUUUAGAGUAUCCAGCCCCAUUCCUGACUUGUAUAUGGCGUUCAUGAUACCAGUAGUUCGUAAUGACUGGGAUGUGUGGAUGCGCUCCCGGAAACCUCAUCCGCCGGAUAAAAUCUCACGUAAUGGACAGACUACAGAAAGCCGUACUGGUGAUCCUAGUUUAUCGACCACCCCUGACCGCAGUGGUAGCAUUGUAGUGGAAAAUGUCCAUAGGAAAAGAAGCCUGGCAAUUGAGAUUCGUAACCAGCAACAUUUGAGGAUCAGUGGUGGCAGUCUUCCUUCUAACUUCCAAUCAGCCCAUGUCGGGCUGCCAGUUAGCCGAUCUUCUUUACGACAUGGACGACCUUUAACUUCACGUUUCCGUUCGAUGCACAGUAGCUACCGAAUCGGAAACAAUCAUGCUCUCGAAUCAGACUCACCGAUUUCGCCAAUUAAACCUGAGAAUGCGGGAACUGCUUCCUUGUCCAACUGUUUUGAGGAAGUAACUUCAUCGGCGAAAAUAGGUUCACAAAAUUCCCUACAAAAAUUUCAUACGCGUUUGGUUGAUCGCCUCCGCCGAUCGCUGCGCCUAAGUUCUUCGUCUGCAUCCGAUGGAGGAGAGAACGGUAGUCGCACGUCAUCAUAACAAAAGCGGUAUUUGCAGUGCAAUCAUCCAACAAAUGACGCUUGGCAUUUUGUGAAAUCCAGAAACUAAACGGAAAAACGCUGGUUAGUGAUGAUGUCAUACGUGGAUUUUCCCUAUAUUUCCUGCCCUUUAUAAAUCCGGUUCCGUAGUAGUAACCGGAUAUCUAAAUACGCGUUGUUUUUGGCCGCCUAUGGCAAUACAUCCUUACAUUUAUUUUCUAAAACACAAUUACAUAUAUUCUUUGUACUCAUAUAAAAGUGUGUAACAUCAAACGUUCCCUGUGUUGGUUUAAUGUAUAUAUAAUUAUAUAUAUUAUAUAAUCAAUAACUAUUCCAAUAAUCGGAAUGAUCCUACUUAUUGUUACGGUAUUGCAACGUUGUGAGCUAAGGUAACAAGAAUUGUGAAAUCAUA